CAGUAACGUCUCUCUGGUCUCUGCAGUGAUGACUAUGUUGUUGCUGCUCGUCGCACAAGUUGACUUCAAUUACUCUCAAAAAGCUGAUGCAUCUUUUCCUCGGGUUGUUCCAAACAAACAGCAGCACUUUGAAUAUGAGUCCAUAGUUGUCAGCUGUGAGAGACUGGAGGGACUGACUGGAUGGAGAGUGAUGAGGAAGAUUAAAGGAGUUAUUAAAACAUGUUCUUCUACCUGGUCGACAUCGACAGGACCUUGCACAAUUAAUAAUGCCUUUCCAGCGAUUGACAGUGGAGAAUACUGGUGUGAAAUGGGAGUAAAGACAAGCAACACUGUCAACAUCACAGUCACUGCUGGCUCUGUGAUCCUGGAGAGUCCUGUCCUUCCUGUGAUGGAGGGGGAAGCUGUGACUCUGAGCUGCAGACAGAAGCAGACGUUCACCAAUCUCACCACUCAAUUCUUUAAAGAUGGUCACCUUAUGGUGAAGAGCUCUACAGGAAUCAUGACUAUCAAUGUUUCCAAGUCUUUCGAAGGACUCUACAAGUGCAGAAUCCCUGGAGUUGGAGAAUCACCAGAGAGCUGGCUGGCUGUCAGAGCUGAUUCUACGCCUCAACCUUCCCCUCAGCUCUCUCUGCUGUUCUACGUCGGUAUUGCGGUUUUCUUGGUGGCUUUGCUGCUGUUGGUUGGAUUACUGCACUAUAGGAAACAUCAAACAAUCACCAGAGCGUCUUCCCUGGUGUGCUCUCCUCCGUCUUCUAUGUGUCUCUUCUCAUACUCUCAAGCCUCCCUCAUGUUCUCCAUGGCCUCCUCCUUCUCCCAUCUGCCUCCCCCACUUUCUGUUCUGCCCUUUUUAUCUAAGGGCCAAUCAACCCCUUCUCUCACUCCCAGGUGA